GUUGAUGCAAAUGAACUUACAGGGACGAUUAGCCUGUGGAACCCGUCGAAAGCGGCAACAUGUCGUGUAACUCAUUCCCGAUAGAUGGGUACUAUGACGAGUCCCGCUCGCCAAGUGUAGAGCAAAUGGCAAAUGUACGUUCCGGGUUCGAGGGCACGAAUCAGGGGGAAUCUGGGGCUGGGGUUCGAAAUAGCUUGGACCACCGCCGUGACAGCAACCUCGGCGUUUUCGACGUUCACCAAGUUUCGCCAGCGUUUCAGAGGAUCGGGAAACUCAGGGAUGCCGUUGGCAACAUUCGAAGGCAUCAAGUGCGCCAUGUUGGUGACGAUGGUUCUUGCUUCGCUAUCAACUCGAUAGCCCAUCCCAUUCGGCGGAUAGAUUGCGUUGGGUUCUGAACGAGCAUGGAGAGUUCGAACCAGGAGGAAGACGUUCCCCAGCGAACAUGCCCAUCGCUUGAACACUUGCCACGCUCCGGACUUGGUGCUGACAAGUCUCAACGUGAAUAGGACUUCGCCUUCGCACUCGUCCUUCACGACGCCCGCCGCCACGAUGUCG